UUCAACAGUGAUAUUGCAGUUAUAACAGUUGAGGUAUUCUGGAGUUGUCCUUUAUAUAUCUACAUAUAUAUAUAUUUUUUUAUCUCAGUAAGGAAUCUGUUAAACUUAAGUGGUUUAUGUUUUUUGUAACGUUGAUAAAGAGGAUAUUAACAUUCAACUUUGAGGAAGUGCAUGUAUAACACAGAAUGACUCCCUUGCUGUAUAAAGAUGCCUUUUGGGGAGUUGAUUUCACUAAUCAUCAGGGCUAUGAGGUUCUGAUUCAGAGACUAUGUGAUGGCAGGCGGAUGUGCAAAGAUGUGGAGGAACUGCUGAAGAUGAGGGCCAUGGCAGAAGAGAGGUAUGGGAAGGAUCUGGUGACAAUAGCACGUAAAGCUGGGGGGCAGACAGAGAUCAGCACUUUGAAAGCCUCCUUUGAUCAACUUAAAACACAAAUUGAAAACAUUGGGAAUCUGCAUAUCCAGCUAUCCGGAAUGUUACGGGAAGAGAUCAAGAAGAUGGAAACAUUCAGAGAGCGACAGAAAGAACAGAGGAGGAAGUUUGAGGGGAUUAUGGAGAAAGUUCAGAAGAUGAAGGUGUCCUUAUACAAGAAGACCAUGGAGUCUAAGAAGUCCUAUGAGCAGAAAUGUAAAGAAGCAGACGAGGCAGAGCAGCUUGCUGACAGGAGCACCACAGCCACAACAACAAAACAGUCUGAGAAGGUACAACACAAGGCCAAGCAAUGCAGACAAGCCGUCACUGAAGCAGAGAAACAAUACAUGUUGAAUGUAGAGCAGCUGGAGAGCGUUCGUCAGGACUGGGAGGGAACACACAAGGGCACGUGUGAGGUGUUUCAGCAGCAGGAGGUGGACCGCAUCACUAUCCUGAGGUGUGCCCUCUGGGACCACUGUAAUCACUUCUCUGUGCAAUGUGUCAAAGACGACGAGUUUUACGAGGAGGUGAGGAAUAUUCUGGAGACGUGUGACAUCACAGCAGAUAACAACUGUUUCAUAGAGAUGAAGACAACAGGUUCAAGCCCACCAGACCCCGUUGUGUUUGAGAACUACUAUGAGAGGGAGCCAACGGGCGACAACAACAGCAGCGCUCGCUUCGGAGGGGGAGGGGUCAGGAAAAGAUUCUCCAUGAGUAUCAGUGAGGGUUCAACUUCCGAGCCAGCGGCGCCACCUGUUGGUCAAACAGUGCCUGAGAGUUCAGAUGGAGUGUAUGCAUCCAUACCUGGCUUCCAGUCUGCAGCUGCAGCAGCCCUGCCUGCAGUGACAACUGAUGAGGAUGAUGAUGAUACCUUCAUGGUGUUUUAUGACUACUCUGCACAGGACCCAGAUGAGCUGUCAGUGUCUAAAGGGGAUGUGGUGUUGGUGAUAGAACAGAGUGAAGAUGGCUGGUGGACAGUGGAGAGAAACGGACAGGUUGGGCUGGUACCUGGCUCCUACCUGGCCAAAGUCUAGACAUAGUCACACACACAUUCAUGCAUGGACGCACACAUGCACGCGCACACACUCAUGCACACAGGUACACGGAUUCACACACACAUACUCAUGCACACUCACCCAUACAUACUGUAGUCUUCAAUAUGAGGACCCCUUUCUGCUUCUUACUCAGAUGUUCUGAUCCUUGGUUCAAGACUUCAGAGUAAUAGAUUCUCCAGCAGUAGAGAUGACUCACUGAACUGACUUGGAACAUGAGUCAUGACAGUGUGUUCCCCAUGAACUAUUAGGCUAUGCUGCACCAGAGAGUCUUUUCACCCAACAGGCCUACUACUACAUACAUAGUGAUGUGAAAAAGUAUUCGCCCCUUUCAGAUUUUCUCUACUUUUGCACAUUUUUUAUACUGAAUUUUAUCAGAUCUUCAACCAAAACCAAAUAUUAGAUAAAGGGAACCUGAGUGAACAAAUAACACAACAAUUGUAUACUUAUUUCAUAAACAAAGUUAUGCAACACCCAAUGCCCAUGUGUAAAAAAGUAAUUGCCCCCUUACACUCAAUAACUAGUUGUGCCACAUUUAGCUGCAAUGACUCCAACCAAAAGCUUCCUGUCAUUGUUGAUCAGUCUCUCACAUUGCUGUGGGGGAAUUCUGUCCCACUCGUCCAUGCAGAACUGCUUUAACUCAGAGACGUGCGGGUUUUCAAGCAUGAACUUCUCGUUUCAAGACCUGCCACACAUCUCAAUUGGGAUUAGGUCUGGACUUUGACAUUCCAAAACACAUGUUGCUUUUUAGCUCUUUUCAUGUCGACUUGUGUGUUUGGGAUCGUUGUCUUGCUGCAUAACCCAGAUGCAGUUCACAGACAGAUGGCCUGACAUUCUCACGUAGAAUUCUGAUACAGACCAGAACUCAUGGUUCCUUCUAUUUAGUCAAGUCAUCCAGGUCCUGAGGCAGCAAAGCAUCCCCAAACCAUCACACUACCACCAUACUCGACCGUGGGUAUAAGGUCCUUACUGUAGAAUGCAGUGUUUGGAUUUCGCUCGACAUAAUGGAACCCAUGUCAUCCAAAAAGUUAGACUUUUGACUCAUCUGUCCAUAGAACAUAAAAUCACAUUUUAUUUGUCACAUACACAUGGUUAGCAAUGUUAAUGCGAGUGUAGCGAAAUGGUUGUGCUUCUAGUUCUGACAAUGCAGUAAUAGUCUUGAAGAUCAUGCAUGUGCUUUUUUGCAAACUUGAAUCAACUUUUUGGAUGAUAUGGAUCCCAUUGUUUUGUUUUGGAAUGGCCAAGUCAAAGUCCAGACCUAAUCACAUUGUUUUGUUUUGGAAUGGCCAAGUCAAAGUCCAGACCUAAUCACAUUGUUUUGUUUUGGAAUGGCCAAGUCAAAGUCCAGACCUAAUCACAUUGUUUUGUUUUGGAAUGGCCAAGUCAAAGUCCAGACCUAAACACAUGUUUUUGUUUUGGAAUGGCCAAGUCAAAGUCCAGACCUAAUCACAUUGUUUUGUUUUGGAAUGGCCAAGUCAAAAUCCAGACCUAAUCACAUUGUUUUGUUUUGGAAUGGCCAAGUCAAAGUCCAGACCUAAUCACAUUGUUUUGUUUUGGAAUGGCCAAGUCAAAGUCCAGACCUAAUCACAUUGUUUUGUUUUGGAAUGGCCAAGUCAAAGUCCAGACCUAAUCACAUUGUUU